AUGGCGUCCAAGGACAAAUACUCGGUCAUUCUACCCACCUACAACGAGCGGCAGAAUCUGCCAGUGUUGGUGCAGAUGCUGUCCGAUGUCUUCACCAAAGAAAAACUGAACUGGGAGAUCAUCGUUGUCGACGAUGCGUCCCCCGAUGGCACUCUCGAACGCGCGAAACAACUGCAAAAGUCCUUCGGCUCCGACCACAUCGUCCUCAAACCCAGGGCCGGCAAACUGGGUCUGGGAACAGCCUAUGUACACGGUCUACACUUCGUCAGUGGCAACUAUGUCAUUAUCAUGGACGCCGACUUUUCCCACCACCCCAAAUUCAUUCCCGAAUUCGUCAGGAUCCAGAAGCAGACCGGCGCAGACAUCGUCACAGGAACGCGGUACCGGUCAAGACCCGGCUUGAUCGGAGGAGUGUAUGGCUGGGAUGCGAAACGAAAGCUGACCAGCUGCGGCGCGAACAUUCUCGCCGACUUCCUCCUCAACCCCGGUGUGAGCGACUUGACCGGCUCUUUCAGAUUGUACAAGAAGGAGGCGCUGGUGACAGUGAUCGAGAGGACACAAUCCAAGGGGUACACGUUCCAAAUGGAGAUGAUGGUCCGAGCGAAGGCCAUGGGGCUGAAGGUCGAGGAGUGUCCCAUCACCUUCGUCGACAGGCUGUAUGGUGAGAGUAAGUUGGGCGGAGAAGAGAUUGUGGAGUAUCUCAAAGGCUUGCUGUGGCUCUGGUGGUCUGUCUAG